AUGACCGAAUAUGGUUCAACAACAACAACAACGACAACAACAACAACAACAACUGCUACUACUACUACUACUACUACUACUACUACUACUACUACUACUACUACAACGACUACAGAUGCAAAGCCUCAUAUUCUUAAUAUUCAUGUCCAUUUGGAUGAGGAUGAAACACCGUUAAAAGCAAUCCUAAAUGACGGAAAAUGUGUGGAAAGUUUAAAAAUAAAAAAUUGUAAUUAA